UAGUAUGUUAGAGGAGUUGUAGGGGUGUGAUGCCACAACCUGCUUAUAAAGGGGCGCACACGUUGAAGCUUUUAAAGCAGUGCAUAACGACUAAUUUUGCAGGUCAUUCAUUCACCACGCACAGCCAGCCGUAGACAUGGAGUCGUUUAACGUGGUGGGGACGCUACAGCCUGCCGUCACAGCGAUCUUCUGGGUCGGUGCACUUACCACGGCCUCGCUGGCGUUGUUUCUAUUGUACAAGAUCAUCACUGGCUUUAGGAUAUGGGUGCUGGGAAACGGGGAUUUUCUCUCUCCCAAAUUGGGAAAAUGGGCAGUUGUGACGGGAGCCACGGAUGGGAUUGGGAAAUCCUAUGCGGAGGAGCUUGCUCGACGAGGAUUCUCCAUGAUGCUCAUCAGCCGUUCCCAGGAGAAGCUCGACGACGUGGCAAAGUCUCUCGAAAGCGCGUAUAAUGUGGAAACAAAAACCAUCGCAGUGGACUACAGUCGGGCUGAUAUCUAUCCUAAAAUUGAAAAGGGUCUUGCUGGGCUGGAGAUUGGAAUCCUCGUUAACAAUGUGGGAAUCUCCUAUCCAUACCCCGAAUUUUUCCUCCACAUUCCUGAUUUGGAAAAUUUCAUCACUACCAUGAUCAAUGUCAACAUCACCUCAGUGUGCCAAAUGACUCGUUUGGUUCUGCCCAGAAUGGAGGCAAGAGCUAAAGGUGUCAUCCUCAAUAUCUCCUCUGCCAGUGGCAUGUUCCCCCUUCCACUGCUGACUAUCUACUCCUCCACUAAGGCUUUUGUGGACUACUUCUCACGUGGACUUCAAGCAGAGUACAAGUGCAAAGGGAUCAUCAUCCAGAGUGUGCUGCCUUUCUUCGUGGCUACCAAGAUGACGAAGAUCAGGAAGCCAACCCUGGACAAGCCCACCCCUGAACGCUAUGUAGCUGCUGCACUAAACACUGUGGGACUGCAGGACCAGACCAACGGCUAUUUCCCUCACGCCGUCAUGGGCUGGGUGAUCGCCAUCCUGGCCCCCAUCAAGCUGGUCAUCUGCCUGGGCCUGCGCUUGAACAAGUCCCAGCGCGGCGGAUACCUCAGGAGGAGAAAACUGCGAUAGGUCGAGGACAUUGUGUGAUGGAAAUGAAACAGGACAAGAUGUUUUAUAGAAUAUAUGUGCUGAGAUUUGAGAUUCAUUUUGAAUCUUGUAUCUUUGAAGUGCUUCCUCUUAUAACACAUGAUUGAUUCUUUUUGUGUGUGUAUGUGUUAAAUGUGUUUUGUUUUUUGAUAAAAUAUCUGGACAUGAUCAUGUUCCACAAUGACUCGUUGUUGCUGAAAUGGGAGGACCAAUCUUUCUUUAUUGGGUGAACAAAGGGUUACAUUUUUGGAGGGAGGGUUUUGUAAGCAGAGGGCUAUUUAUAUGGUGGUGGUGUUUUAUAUUUAUUUAAUUACUAAUAUAUGUAUUUCCUUUUAUCUGGGAUAAUCUACUUGCACUCUUCUUGUUAACUGCCAAAAACUUGUUUGCAAUCGUGCCUUAUAGUGAUAAAUGGGUGUUGGCCUUUCUUAUCCUGAAUUUAACAUAUUUAGCAGAUCAAAGGUGGCUAAUUUUUGAAUGCUGUACUGUAUUGAUAUGAAACCAAAGGUCUGACUUAAGUGUAUUUUUGUACAUUGGCCUUUUCAGGCUGGAAGUUUACCUGUCAGCUUUGGUUUAUUUAAAACCUGUGCCUUUUUAUAGAAUAUAAAACUUGCUCACGUUUAUUGAAAGGAGAUCUAAUGCACGUUUACAUGAUUUUCUCUGCUGAAGACUUUAAGGUGUGGUAGAAUGUCACCAGUUUGUCUUGGGUUUCAUCCAAAGAUGGAUUUGAGGAGUACCUCCAUUGCUUGGAUCUCUGUAUGAUUGUUUAUGGACCAGUGCCAGUCAAGUUGAAAAAUCCAGGUGGUUGAUCCUCAUUUGUCGCCUCUGGUUAUAAAGUGAAUGUUCUCAUUCCAGACGUGUCGAAGAGUGGAACGCAUUGUGCUGCUUUACUGAUGCAUGACAAUCUGAAGUGCUUGUUUGUUAAUAAAAAUGACUUUUCUGUAA